GGAAUAUUUCCAAAGGCUGCUAACCAAUGUGCACCGGUUCAACCUUUUGUAAUUAUAACAUCUUCAACUGUACCACAUAUUCUGCGAUUCACCUUGUCAACCUUGGACAAUUUUAAGUGAAAUGUACUUCGAAAAAUUAAAUGGAUCAUCUUUCAAGAUCCCAUCCGUAUUCAUCCAGUAUAAAAGCGAAAGUAUCAUCUGUUUCUCCAUCAUUCAGUUCAAUCAAUUCGCAUCGAUUUACAGAUCGCAGCGCACUUCAACAUGAAAUAUUAUAUUAUCUCAGCUCUUUGCUGCGUUGCAGUGUGUCUUGCAGAUAAGCUCAACAACGUCUACCUACCACCAUCUAAUUCAAUUACAGCUGGUGGCAAUGGAAAUUUCUUGAGAGCUCCAAUCAGUCAAGGCUCAAUUAAAUCUGGAUCACAGUUUUCGUCAGGAAGCUAUCAAACUUCCCAGCAAAGGAAUGUUUACGAAAACCAGCAACAAUCAUUCAACAAAAAUUUCGCAUCUGGUUCCGUCCAACCCCAAAUUGCUAUUUUGAGGUUCAACAAUCAAAAUGAAGGAGAUGGCACAUACAGAUUUGAAUACGAAACCGAGAACAAAAUCGCUCAACAGGAAGUUGGACAACUCAAGAAUGCCGGAACUGAUCAGGAAAGCAGCGUUGUUCAAGGAUCGUACUCUUAUGUUGGACUCGAUGGUCAAACUUACACUGUCAACUACGUAGCUGAUGAACUUGGUUUCAGAGCCACAGGUGAUCAUUUGCCUGUUGCUCCAGAAAUUCCAGCUGAAAUACAGAAAGCUCUCGAACAAAAUGCUGCUGACGAAGCCAGAGGAAUUGUUGAUGAUGGACAAUACAGACCAGGCCCAUCUAGAGAAAUCAACUCCGCCCAAGUCGACAGAAAAUACUUGACUCCAAAAGUUCCUGGUGCUUACCAGCAAGUAAAGCAAGGAUACGUUUAUUGAAUAACCUCGUGACUUAUGGUGUUGUGACUCUUUUUUGUAAAUAUAAAUGUACCUAAACCAAAUGUUGCCAUUAAAUAUAAAAAUAUACUGAAA